AUGAAAGAGAACAAAUGCUUCCCACCGGGUACACAGGUCGGUCUACCAGCGAAAUCCGGUGUUUCUGGAGUGAUGAUCGGUCCGUUGGUUCCAAAACAUUUGAUGGGAUAUUCGCCCUUUUCUCUCGCACCUCUGGAUCAGGCUAGGCAUAUCCUCGGGAGCUCACGUGCGUUGCCUUUUUUGUCAUGGGGC